CUGAAAGCGAACGGUUUGCCGGGUUGGACCAACCGAAGCAUCUGCCUGCCCGUCUAACCAGGCUUUAUUGUUAAACAACGCUAAAAGUGAACAAAAAUCGUGUUUAAGGAUAUAGCUCAAGAAAUUGAACCAUGUCUACCAGCUCAGCAAUGGUGCGCAUCCUCAUAAAGGGUGGUAAAGUGGUGAAUGAUGACUUCACACAGGAAGCCGAUGUGUACAUUGAAAAUGGAAUUAUCCAGCAAGUGGGCAAGGAGCUGAUGAUCCCUGGAGGGGCCAAAGUUAUAGAUGCCACAGGAAAGCUGGUGCUGCCAGGGGGUAUCGACACCAGUGUUCACCUGAACGAGAGCUUCAUGAAUGCCAGCACCGUGGAUGACUUCUACAGUGGCACAAAGGCUGCACUGGCUGGAGGCACUACUAUGGUGAUUGGUCACGUGCUGCCAGAGAAGAAUGAAUCAUUGUUGGAUGCUUACGAAAAGUGUCGGUCUCACGCUGAUGCCAAGGCCUGCUGUGAUUAUGCCUUUCAUGUGGGAGUGACCUGGUGGGGACCAAAGGUUAGUACUCAGAUGGAGACGCUGGUGCGAGACAAAGGUGUGAACUCCUUCCAGAUGUUCAUGGCCUAUAAGGACAUGUACAUGCUGAGGGACAGUGAGCUGUUCCAGGCCCUGCAGAACUGUAAGGACAUUGGCGCUGUGGCCCGCGUCCAUGCUGAGAACGGCGAGCUGGUUGCUGAGGGUGCCAGAGAAGCAUUGGAUCUGGGUAUUAGUGGACCAGAGGGCAUUGAGAUAAGCAGACCUGAGGAGCUGGAAGCAGAGGCCAUUCACCGGGCCAUCACCAUUGCGAACAGAGCCCACUGUCCCAUAUACCUUGUGAAUGUAUCCAGCAUGUCAGCAGGGGACGUUGUAGCAUCGGCCAAAAUGCAGGGGAAAGUGGUGCAUGGAGAAACCACCACUGCUCACGCUGUCUUAAAUGGGCUGCAGUACUAUCACCAGGACUGGGCCCAUGCUGCCGCUUUUGUCACUGUGCCACCACUCAGACUUGACCCCAACACACCCAAUUACCUGCUCAGUCUUCUGGGGAAUGACACUCUGAACGUUGUGACAUCGGACCACCGGCCCUUCGCCACUAAACAGAAGGCUAUGGGCAAAGACGACUUCACUAAAAUCCCUCAUGGUGUUCCUGGCGUGCAGGAUCGGAUGAGUGUUAUCUGGGAGAGGGGAGUAGUUGGAGGCAAGAUUGAUGAGAACCGUUUUGUUGCGAUCACAAGCUCCAAUGCUGCAAAGAUCUACAAUCUGUACCCCAGGAAGGGCAGGAUCAUCCCAGGAGCUGAUGCUGAUGUGGUGGUCUGGGAUCCAGAAUCAACGAGGACCAUCUCUGUCACCACUCAGUGGCAAGGUGGUGAUGUAAACCUGUACGAGAACCUACGCUGUCAUGGUGUUCCCCUGGUCACAAUCAGCCGCGGUCGUGUUGUUUAUGAAAAUGGGAUCUUCACUUGUGCUGAGGGCUCAGGAAAGUUCUACCCUCUCCGAACCUUUCCAGAUUACCUCUAUAAGAAAAUGGUCCAGAGGGAGAAGUGUCAGGCACUGAAGGGCGUUGAACGUGCUCCGUAUGCUGGAGAUGUAGCUGCAGUGCAGAAUUCAGGGAAGAAGGAAUCGUGCCAUGCAGAUGGAGACAUGAACCCUCGACCCUGUACUCGCCACGGGGCGAUGAGAGACAUGCAUGAGUCCAGCUUUAGUUUGUCUGGUGCCCAAAUUGAUGACAACAUUCCAAAUAGAGCUUCUGCAAGGAUUUUGGCACCCCCUGGUGGUCGGUCCAGUGGAAUCUGGUAACAUUUUGGAGCAGCACCCAAAGAAGUUUGAAACUAAGCACCUACAAUAUUUGACAUCCUCACAUCUGAUGGUUUAUUUAAUUUUAAUCACUUGCAAGUAAACUCCAGUGUUUUUAUAUAUAUAUAUGCAUACAAGGAAAACACAACAAUAUUUUUGUCUGGGAAUUGGGAAACAAGGUACAAGUCAGAAAUGCUUGUGAGAGAUUUGUGCAAGAUAAAAUUGUUAUUGGGUGUUUUUGUUCUUCGUGUUCAUCUAAAUUAAAUAGGGAAGGUUGUGUUAUAAUAAAACAGUUGUAGUGCUGAACAAAUGUUUAAUUUUGUUCAAUUUUGUCCAAUGGUUUUUGAUGAUAAAAGUUCUACAAACUGUUUUUGUUACAAACAGUACACGUUUUACCUUUGCUACAGUUUCAAGUAUUUUUAAGAUAGCAACUGAACAUUUGUUUUAAGAAUGGGAAUAAUUUUUGUUUGUGUAUUUCGUUAUGGCUAGAAUGAAAUGCGAGUCAUUGUAAAUGAACUUAAUAUCUGAACUGUUUUAAUGUGUUGCAGACGACUAUACAUUUACCUCAGUGUGUUAUCUCUUGAAUUACACUAAUGUACAGAAGCACCCUGCCUCUUUACACUUACAACUGUUACACUGAUCACCUGGCAACACUUUCUGACUAGUACAAUUCCAAAACAAAUUUAGCUUCAUUUUUACUUGCCAUUGAGGUGCAUCUUAUUUGCAUCUUAUUUCUUGACAUUAGAUAAAGAGGCAAUAUGAGGUAAUUGCUUCUUCAGUGAUUUUGUAGUUAUUUUUGUCAUACCAUUGGUUGAUGAAUCAGGCCCUUUUAUGAUGUCACUUGUAUUGCUUAACCAUUCAAAAGGUGAUUUUUAAGCACAUAGCCCUGAGACCUCCUAAAAUGUGAAUUUAGAAUAACUUUGUUUACUUUCUCACAUAUCAAUUUGUGCAACUAUCUAAAACUUGAUAGAUUUUUUAAAUAUUCUAUAUGUGUACAUUCUCGUUGAGCACUUAAAAUUGUCCUUAUAUCUGCUCUUUAUUAAAUGCUCUUUUGCAUUGUUACUUUAUGAUCUUUCUAGAAUGAACUGUCAAACAUUGUAAUCUGAAAUUUGAACUGUAAUGACAGUGUAAUACUAUUGAUUUACUGUGGUUGCUCACUGAACGAUUAACACUGUGCUUUGGUAACAAUUGAUUUGCAUGCGGCAAGUGAAAUUGAUUCAGAAAUGUUUCUGCCUCACUUCUGAUCGUUGAUUUCAAUGUGCUCCACCACCACUAACCAACUACAGUUAAAUAACACCAGACUGCUAACAGAGGCAUGUGUUCAUUUUGUACAUGUAUGUCUUACUUUAACUAAGCAGCUCGAUGCAUUUGAAGACCUUCUGUAGAGACAAUUUGAAACACAUGAACUGUUUAGCUGUACAACUCAAGCAUUAAAAUGGAAAACAGUUUCUGUUGGUGCUGAAUAUUAAUGUUUUUUAUUAUUAUUCUUGAUUGUGAGUAUGCUUCUCAUUUUUUUUUUUUAAAUGAGCCGUGUAUGCACUACAGUUGUACUUAUUAAAGUAUUGUUGUUUAUCUCAUGAAAAAGUGCAAAUAAAACCC